CAAAUAUGGGUAACUGUACUGGGUCACACACCUCCCAAACCCAGCUCCGCCCUGACUCAGCCCCCACCAACGGCCUCAAUAUUCGCCCCUCCGAUGAACCACCAUCGUCCACCUCCGUUUCUCAGUCACCCCCCGGCAACGGUCGAGUCCUGGGUCGUCCAAUGGAGGACGUCCACUCCACCUUCAUUUUCGGCCGUGAGCUCGGCCGUGGCCAAUUCGGCGUUACCUACCUCGUAACCCACAAGACCACUGGACAAAAAUUAGCGUGCAAGUCCAUUGCCAAUCGUAAACUCAUCAAAAAAGACGACAUCGAGAACGUCCGACGGGAAGUUCAGAUCAUGCACCACUUGACCGGACAUCGGAACAUCGUAGGACUCAAAGGCGCGUACGAGGAUCGCCACUCGGUGAACUUAGUAAUGGAGUUGUGUGCCGGGGGUGAGCUUUUUGAUCGGAUUAUUACUAAGGGACAUUAUUCGGAGAGUGCAGCCGCCAAUCUGUGUCGGCAGAUUGUGACUGUGGUGCAUAAUUGUCAUUCCAUGGGUGUUAUGCACAGGGAUUUGAAGCCAGAAAAUUUCUUGUUCUUGAGUUCUGAUGAGGAUUCGCCAUUGAAGGCUACGGAUUUUGGGCUCUCAGUUUUCUUUAAACCAGGCAUUAAAUUUGAUCUAUUUAUGUUUUUACCCCUGUAUUAUGAUAAUUUCGUACUUUGCACUAUUAAUUUUCUGGGUUUUUACUCGAAAGUUGAGGAUUUGGACUUUGGGGUACCAAUGAGAGAUGUAUUUAAAGACCUUGUUGGAAGUUCAUAUUAUGUGGCUCCUGAAGUGUUGCGCCACAACUAUGGAGCUGAGGCAGAUAUUUGGAGUGCUGGGGUGAUCCUAUAUAUUUUACUUAGCGGUGUCCCACCAUUCUGGGGAGAGAAUGAGCAGGGUAUCUUUGAUGCUGUUUUGCGGGGACAUCUUGAUUUCUCAUCUGAUCCUUGGCCAUCCAUAUCUAGUAGUGCCAAAGACCUUGUGAAGAAGAUGCUACAAGCUGAUCCGCCCAAAAGGGUUUCUGCUGUUGAAGUCCUAAGUAAGUAUCCAAAAUUUUACCACAUCUUGACCAGGAAAAUGUGA